AUCUACUUUUGUCAGCUGUUUUAUCGUAGCAAAUAGCAAUUAGCAUUAUUUUUGGUUUAUCUUAUAAAGUGUAUAAUUUGUUUCAAAAUUAUUGAAUCCAAUACGAAAAAUGCACUAAUAUCAAACAUGUGAAAUUUGGGUAAUAUUCGCGUAUGAUUAGUAUCAUUGAAGAAAUGUAAUUUCCCAUUUGUUUUCUUUAUUAUUACAAAUAUGUCGCCUCGUAAACAACCAAGUAGUUUAUUAAGAUUGUGUAUUAAAAGUUCUCUUAGUUUGAUAAAUGAAUGUUGUUAUAUUAUUGAGAAAAAUAAUCCGGAUAUAGACUGUAGGGAAUGUGAAAGGCAGGUGUGCGCGUUGAAAGGAUAUCUCAUGGCAUUAUUACCAGCGAGGUUAUUUGAUGUCCUCUGUUUAGAGAGAGGCUGUUGCCGGUAUCGCGGUGAUCCUCGAAUCCAACUGAAUGUCCUCAUCCAUCCCAAAAUGUCCAUAUUUCGCAAAUGCGACGUCGACAAUGGCAUUCCCCAACACUUCUGGAUUCGCAUCAUUCCAUGGUUCAGUCGUUUGGUCGUCCUAGAUUUAAAAUUCAUCUGCACUGACGAAAUACUCGAAAUAAUCGGCUCUCAAUGCCUCCUCCUCGAAGAGUUAAACAUUGUCUCCAGGGUCGAUAUUUGCAAAUCUCUAAUCAAUGCUUCAGUUUUGAUCCGGAACGUCUCCGAUUCGGGUCUCUGUUGUAUUUCCAAUUUAAAGAAUUUGCGCAUAUUGGCAAUGGAUCCACCCCGCAACGAGAGAGCUAGUCGCGUAGGGCGGUGUGUCUCGCAAGCCGGCAUCAUCAUGCUGAUCAGUGAGCUCCCUUACCUCGAGGAGUUGAGAAUAGAGUCCUGCGAUAUAGGCUCAACGUUGAUCGGUACGGAUCUAAGCAUCGGUCCCCUCAGUUUACGAAAAAUCAACUGCCAUUUUGCAUCGGCGGAAGGCAUGCGGAAGUUGGUAAAGAUUUGUCCACAUUUGAAAGAACUGUCCAUCACCCAUUUGUCUGCGCAUAACAAGGACGCGAUUUUAGAAGAGAUAGCGUUAAGUGAUAUUAGGUUACAUAAGUUGGAUAUGUCUUUUUUCUCAUACAGCACUUCUAUGCAUCAUAUGCUGGAGGUGAAGGGGUGUUAUUUAACUCAUUUCUCUUUAUGGGAGAUCGACCAUUCACUAACAUUAGACGCCGUUAUUAACAUUGGCACGUGUUGCCCUAACCUCACAUCGCUCUGUCUCAUGACCCAAUCCAACUAUUUUUCGAUACCCCGCUUCUUUCGGCGACCACCGAGCAUAUUCCGCGAAAUAGAGACGUUGACAUUAGGUAAUGAGAAUUUCAGUAUCGAAGAGAUAUUGGUGUUCUUCGCAGAGUGCACGCGGAAUCUACGGAAGUUGACGUUGAAGUAUCAGACGAAAUUAAUUUUAGAUAACACAUUAAUCUAUAUUUUGCAGAAGGGUUAUUUCAAAAAUAUGAAUAGUUUAUGGUUGGACUGUACUUUGGAGGUUUCCAAAGAUGUAGUGAAACAGAUAAUACAGACGUGUGAACAAUUGCAAAUGUUCACUGUGGAUUUUAGUGAAGAUAUGAGUGACGUUCACAAAUACAUUGCCGAUAACAACUUGGACCUCAAACUAGGCGGCUAUUGAUAUAUUAUGUUAUGUAUGUAUUGUUGUAUAUUAUGUUUAGAAAUAAAGACUU